AGGUCACAUGACCCGGAAAAUGUGGGGCUUCAUUCCUGUUGUGGAUUGCUCUCAGCUGCUGCGCUUUUGGCCUUCGCAGUGCAAACCGUCCGCUUCUGUCAUCACGACCCACACGCUUCGGGUCGACUCUUCUCAGCGCAUUAUGUCGGACCAAGCCUUUGUGACGUUGGCCACAAAUGACAGCUAUGCCAAGGGAGCCAUGGUUCUGGGCCAAUCGUUACGGAACCACUGCACAACCCGGAAACUGGUGGUUCUCAUAGGACCUCACAUUGCAGAACCGUGCAGAGAGGCGCUUCAAUCCAUCUUUGAUGAAGUGUGUGUUGUGAAUCUGAUGGAUUCUGGGGAUGCGGCUCAUCUGGCGCUGAUGAAGAGGCCGGACUUGGGAGUAACGUUCACCAAACUGCACUGCUGGACGCUCACACAGUACAGCAAGUGUGUGUUCAUGGAUGCAGACACCAUGGUGCUGUCCAACGUAGACGAGCUCUUUGAGAGGGAGGAGCUCUCUGCGGCUCCAGAUCCUGGCUGGCCAGACUGUUUCAACUCUGGGGUUUUCGUCUUCAGACCGUCCAAUGAGACGCACGAAAAGCUGUUGGCCUUCUGUGGGGAAAAUGGCAGCUUUGACGGAGGAGAUCAGGGGGUUCUCAACAGUUACUUCAACACCUGGGCGACAGCGGAUAUUUCCAAACACCUCCCCUUUAUCUACAACCUCAGCAGCAUCGCCAUCUACUCCUACUUGCCAGCUUUUAAACAAUACGGCCACAGUGCCAAGGUGGUGCACUUUCUGGGCAAAGUGAAGCCGUGGAACUACUCCUAUGAUGCUGAGAGAGGCGAAGUCAGAGGUCACUCGCUGUCGCCGGAUGAGUGCCACCUUCACUCCGACUACCUGCUCAUGUGGUGGCAACUGUACGCCAAAUCCGUGGUGCCGCUGCUGCAGAAGGCCUACGGGGACACGCCCUUCAACAGCGGCUGUGUGGAGCCGAGCAGUGAGGAGAAACCUCAGGAGGACGUGAUUAGGCAGCAGGAGUUUGUCCCGCCCCCGUCGGCGCAGAACAUCUCAUCAGAGGAGAGGAAGCAGCGCUGGGAAGCCGGUCAGAUGGACUACAUGGGGGACGACUCCUUUGCUAACAUUGAGCGAAAACUUGACUCUUUCCUGAAGUAGCAGACGGCAGAAAAAGGGAAACCAGGUGUGGAGGUUGUGUUGGGGUUGGGUGGCGUUCCUUCCACUGUUUGGGCUUGAUUACCAAGCAAAUAGAUCAAUACUCAUGGGCAAUUUCAGCCUCAUUUCCUGCAACUUGCACCUAGAGAACGGGCAUUUGAGAAAGUUCCCGUGCACUCUACUGUUUGUUUUCUUCUUUAAGAAUAAGUUUGACAAUUUAGGAAACCUUGUUUUCACUCCCAGGAGUGUGCUGCCAUACUGAAAGGGAAAGAGAUGCAGAAAAAUAUGAAAUGUCCGCUACACUUGAAGAAUCAGUUUGAAAGCUGUUUUUUUUCCCUUCACAUUUCAGGGUCAGAUGUGGUCACGGCUGACUUUUGGAUUAUCUGUCUGAAAGGAAGUAAAAGCAGAACAUCAACUCUUUUCAAACUACUUUUGAAAAAAACCUUCAAAGUUUCAUUCCGAGGUUUAAAGAGAUAAAAAAAAAAAAAAAAAAAACAGGCCGAUAAGUCUGAAUUAUGUGAACCAUCUUGACUUUAUUUCUUUAUGGUCUUUGACUUUAUUAUUUAUGAAGCCAACAGAGAAAGGCAUCCCAAGUCUUCCUACACUGUGGAAAAUCAAGCCUUUAUCUGCAGAAAAAACGUGUUUUUCCUCUUUGUGCAAUUAUUGUGUCAAGCGUGCUGAGGUGGACGCACAGCCGCAUCGCUGUCGGUGUUUGACGGCGGUCACCUCAUCUACACCUCAGUGCUCACCAGCUCUCCGUCAUGUCUGCAGUUUUGUGGUGUAUCUGCACGGCUCAAGCCCGACUGAGUAUGUGACGAAGUACAUCCACCAAAGUCCACUCUGGUCUGGUUUCUUUGUACUUCCACCCGACCGACAACGGUGCGUUUAUGUCAUCACUUCCUUUUUUUUUGUAGUGCAACCUUCCUCCGUAGUUCCUGUUGAGUUUGCAAAACCUCACUGACCUUUUAACUGCUGCUAGUGACGAGCGAUCCUGUUGACUCCGCCCUCUUUUCUCCACUUCACCAUUUAAAGUCUGAAGCUCCUCCGUCCGUUAAGCACUCCAGCUGCAGCUUUUGGUGUGGAAAAAGAUUAACUAUAGUAGAUGAAUGCACAAGUAGAUGUAAACCUUCUAAUGGCUAAUAAAGAUGUGAAACUAUUUGCAAA